AUGGAACAUGUUAACAAUUUCAAAGGAGGAGAAUUCUACGAGGAAGAGGAGGUGGCGGUAUCUCUCCGUUACGAGAAGCUCUUCGGUUAUUGCAAGGGAUGCGGGAGUCUUUGUCACAAGGAGGAGAUAUGCCCUCUUGAUGAGAAGAAUACGAAGGCGGAACCAGAGAGAAGGAGGGAGCAUAGAGAAGGUAAUGGGGGAUGGACUGAUGGCGUGAAACAUGAAGAGCGAGCUCGGAGCUAUAAGGGUGUGGUCAUUAACGGCAAUACGGCUCAACAGAACAGAGAAAGAGAUUGUAAGGAGUAUUAUGGAAAGGGCAAGGGAAAGAUGGGGGAGGCACCUGAUUCUAAGUGGGUGAAGGUACCUGAGCGGGGUAAUAGGAGAUCUUAUAACCACCACGGCAACUACAGAGGUAAUGGGGAAGGUUCACGGGUUAAAUCUACAUACCGUGAGGCUGUUCCAGUUGUGGGCUCUGGUACUCAAGGGGUGUCGACUAAGACAUAUCCACUGCAACGAAGAGAAGAUCAGGGGCAGCAUCAGGAUGUACAUCCGGCACGUGAAGAAGGGGAGAUCACGAUGAAUGAAGAUGCUGAUGCCACAUUGCCGUCUGCAGAAUUUCAAAUGGAACUUGCUAAAACCCAGGCGGAAGGAUCGGAGGUGGUCGUGGAGGCUAUGGAGGAGGAGAAGAAUUUACUUGCAGUGCAAGGAUUGAUGGAGAAACAUGAUGAGCCUUUUGACGAUAUUGAGAUGGAAAUUGAGGCUAUUAAUGCGGCGAUGAUGGCGAGUGGUGUUGAUUUGGAGGCAGAGGAAGAGUUUCAAACUCUCUCAGAAGAGGAGUUUGAGCAAGAUUCUGAGGCUCAGAUAGAGAAAGUUCUUCUUCAGAAUGCCGAAGAACCGGUGGCUGGUGAUGCGCACAUCAAUAAGGAGCUGGGGACAGGGGAGGUGGCGACGAGACAGGGUCACCGUAAGAGGUUAUUUAAACCUAAUAACAGCACUGCAGGCAGUACUAAAAUGAGAAUGGCGUCUGCGCUUCUUUCACCAAGGAAGAAAACUGCAGCAGCAGCAGCUAAGGUCGGGACUCGUCAUGGAGACAAUACCAAACCACCGGAGAGCAAGGGACCUUCAAUCCCGAAGCCGGUUAACUUAAAGUUCUAA